AUGGACAUCCUCCUUCCGCCUUCCUUGAGCUGCGAGAAUCAUGAAAGGCCAUCAAAGGGAUCCUAUGGCUUUCAUGACGGCCUUCACAAUCUCAUUUGGAAGGGUGAUCGCACAACCGACAAGGACGACUUGGUGCAGCCUGGCAUCAUCCAGCUGGAGCUGCGUGUGGGCCAAUUAUACGUGUUCCCCGACUGGGUACAGACGUUGACUUACCCCUUCGAAGGCAGCGGUGAGAGGCGCUGGAUUGUAGCGACUCACUCAAGGAUGAAGCGUCCCAGCGCUGCGGAUGGUGCUACCACGAAACUGUCGAGCGUAAAGAGCUCCAAGAGCCGAAAGGCGGAUGAAGAUGGGUCUCAAGCAGUCGCAGUCUCCGUGAAGGUCGCAGAGCUGCGAUCCGCUGGAUACGUGGACUUCGAGACAUGGCUGAAAGACUCCCGAAAUGUGUACGUGGGACGCCGCGUCAGAAUAUUCAUUCACAACGAUGGAGGCAAGCGAAUCUUUCACUAUCCUGGGUCAAAAUGGCAAAAUCCAUAUGCAGUGGGAGCAUCAUUUUCGCGCCAAGAUGCAUGCUCGAAGUACAGAUCUGCCCUUCUUGACGGCACGCUGAAAGAUCCGCAGGACGGAGCACCGCUUCACACGAAGCUGCGAGAGCUGAAAGGUUACCAACUAGGUUGCUGGUGCAAGCCAUUAGCAUGCCAUGCUGAGAUUUUGGCCGAGUUGGCCAAUUCGUGUUAG